AUGCGCUCGUACAAGACACUCCAAGCGACUGUCUUGCUUUUCGCCUGUCUAAUUAUUCAGAUCAAAGCAUAUGCUAUUAGACCAACUCCAACCCCAAGCACGGAUGGCUAUAUAUUGAAACAUGGCACUGCAUUGGCAAAACCCACAGAUCCACCACAAUUAGGGCAUCGAGCAGGUUCAAAACGUGAUCUUGACGAUACUUUGAGCCUCUAUCAAAAUUGGGCCAAAGUGUGUAAUUCCAAUAACGAUAAGGAAAUCAAUGAUAAGCUUCAGGAUAUACGUAUGCGAGGUGUUGAUGAUCCCGAGGUCCGCAAACUUUGGCAAACCGUAACAUCUACAGUAUACUGCGGUAAUGGACAUGUAAAGACAGUUACUACAACGAUCACAACCUCAGCAAAACCUUCGGCCACCGCUGUACCAAGCGGAAAUGGAUCCUUUACUUGUGACGAUACAUGCUGGAGUGAUUAUUUAUGGCAUACCUAUGGAUAUGGUGUCAGCGCUGCCCAAGGCUUUACUGGAACUGUAUUGAUGUUGCUUGGUAUAUAUUUCUUACUUUUUGGCUAUCGCUUCUUCCGCUCCACACUAGGAUUAGUUGGCUUUGUUUUCUUUGCCGCCAUGACUUGGAUCGGCCUGGUUAAUAAUGAGCCUCCUUUUGGCUAUACGCAUAACGAAAUUGUAUACGUCUGUGUCCCAGUAGGCCUUGGUAUCGUUGGUGCUAUUCUGUUUAUCUUUGUCUACCCAAUAGCAAUCUACUUUGUCGGUGGGCUUGGAGGGUAUUUCCUUGCAGUAUUCAUCCUUAGCUGGAAAUCAUCUCUCGUUAUUCAAAUUGAAGUAGCACGCAUUUGCUUUAUUGUUGGCCUUGGUGUGGUCAUGGCUAUUCUGGUAUUCAUGAUAGAGAGUUACACCAUCAUUUUCUGUACAGCGUUUAUAGGUGGUUACCUUUUAAUGCUUGGUCUCGACCUCUUUAUACACACUGGAUUUGUCAACUCCUGGCUGCUCAUAUUCGACGGAAAUUCCCACCACAACAAUGCCUAUAUCAUGAAGGUUCCUCUAUAUGUUAUGUUAUCCUUUAUCAUCGUGUUUACGUUGAUCUCCAUUGGCUGGCAGUAUUACUGGAAUAUCAUGAAACUACAGCGGUACUUUGGUAUCAAUGUUGUCCCGGCAAAAGAAAAAGUGGUUAUAGUUGAAGAAAAAAGCUAA